AUGGACUGCCACACCUACACGAACAAGAUCUUUGCAGAGGUUGCCAGUUGUCUCGAUCACGAGACCUGGAAGACGCAGCCAUUCUGGGUCUCGGUCUUGGUACCUAUGCCAGUGCCCGCAGUAGCAGGAUCAAAGAGGCAAUCUAGACCUGGUACGAAAGGCUCACCCGCCCAUCUCAUGCUGGUUCCCGUAAUUUCCAUUCCUUUCGCCAUCCAAGCAACGCUUGCCCAGUACAUAGAAGCGAUCGCUCCUCUAACUUUCUCGACAUGUCGUACAACACCUCAGUCUGGACUCAAGGCCGGUACCCGUGGAUUGUCUGAUAAUAUCACCAAGGCCUGUCUGUUGCUGGCGCCUCUGCGCUGGAGGAAGCGGGCACACGGAUGUGGUUGA